AAGAAAGAUAAUUUGUCCUCCCGUUUCUCAACUUGUUCGAUAGAUCGGGCAUUAUUGCUCUACUUUCUUGAUCGAUUAUACCAUUUGGACCGCAAAUUGACCCCCACUGGCGCAAACGCGAAAUGGCGGACGCGCCAAACAAAAUCACCAUCACAAUAUGUGGAGAUGGCGGGUGUGGAAAGUCAUCCAUCACAAUUCGAUUAGUGCGCAGCCAAUGGAUUCACGAGUAUGAUCCUACUAUCGAAGAUUCGUAUUCGGUUACACGGACUGUCGACGGCGUUCCCUAUUUCCUGGCCAUCACCGAUACCGCUGGCCAGGAGGAGUAUCGUGGGCUCUGGGCGGCAUCCAACCUGAAAUCAGACGCUUUCCUUCUUGUUUACGACAUCACCAACGCGUCUAGCUUAAGCGCAUUGGACUACUUCAUGGAGAUGAUCGAUAUUGAGGCUGAGCAACGAGUGGAAGACAACCAGCGUUUGCUGAAAGAACUCGGCGAUAGUGCACAGGGCUUAGAAGUAGGCAUGCCUCCCCCGGUCAAAAUUAUUGCAGGGAAUAAAUGCGACCUGAAGGAAGGUCGGGUCGUAGGUGCUAGAGAGGGCCUGGAGUAUGCUCGGAAACAUGGCUGUGGUUUCAUGGAGACCAGUGCAAGAGAAAUGGUCAACAUCGAAGAAACAUUUGCCCUUUUGGUUCGUCGUGUUGUGGAGGCUCGCCAACAGCAUUACCAGAAUGGAUCACUACCAGAAGCUGCGGGAUCUUCGUCUGCAAGGAAUCUUGCGGAUACGGGUCAAAACAAGGAUGCUGCAGCAAAAUCACCUAAUAAUAAGAAAGGUUCACGGACUCACUGCCUAUACGGAAUGUCCAGUAGAAGGAAGACACCAAUACCAGAUCAGGAACAAGUGAAUGCAUCCAAGGACGCCGCAUCGGGGCAGAAAACAUCAAAAUCGACCGUGUCGCUCUUGUUGAAGCGUUUGAGUUGCUGGUAAGCCCAAGGUGGAACUCCGAUGAUAGUCAAAGUUUUGAAAGUAACGCCCGAAAAUGGCAAUGAUGAGGUCAUGUGAGAUCCAACUGGACAUGCGGGAGAUCAACGAACAAUAUCUAUACAUUGACAUGCCCAUCAGUUGGUAUGGCGAAAACAGACAAAAUCAAUUCCGGUGAAUGGUGGUGAAAGCUAUUC